UAUAAAGGGAAGGACAGGUAGGUAAGUUUACCGUUUCACUCAUAAAAUAAGUUUAAAAAAUCAGCCUGACUGAAAAAAGAUUUGCUGUGCUUAUUAGACCGUGGUCAAGUUUGAAGGCAUUACUGUCAUGGCCUUUGAUUUUUUUACGCAGUUUCUUUUUAUCUUUGGUGAUAAUGGCGGAUAACAAUUUAACGGCGUUUUUAUACAAUAAGAAAGAUAUACGGCUGGAAAACAUCAGUAUACCAGAACCAGGUCCUGGGCAGGUUCAAGUGCGCAUGCAGCAUGUAGGUAUUUGUGGCACCGAUCUGCACAUGUUCGAGCAUUUUGCUUUUGGUGAAAAUAAUAUAACGGAGCCGUUACCACUUGGACAUGAAUCAGCUGGAAUCAUCAGCAAACUUGGGGACGGAGUUAUUUCCCUUCAAGUUGGUGACAAAGUAGCGCUGGAGUCCAUAUAUGGCUGUAUGUCAUGUUCCGUUUGUAAGAAAGGUAACUACAACCUUUGUGAUGAUGUUAAAGUAUGUGGCACACCAAUGACAUGGGGAAGUAUGUCGAAGUACUUCGUACACAAAGCCAGUGAUUGUUAUAAAUUACCAAAUCACGUGAGCACUGAAGAAGGUGCGUUGAUGGAGCCAUUGACGGUUGCAAUACAUUCCUGUCGCCGUGCAGGUAUUGGUCUUGGUCAUGACGUCCUGGUCACAGGUGACGGACCAAUUGGUGUCAUGACAGUUAUGGCGGCAAAAGCAAGUGGUGCUACCCGUGUUGGGAUAACAGGUAAACAUGGCUAUAGAUUAAACAUCGCUGAGAAAGUUGGAGCGGAUUUCACGUUAAAUGUGACAUCAAAGGACCCCAAAGACGUUGUACAGAUGGUGAUAGAUGCAUUUGAUGGUAAAGCAGACAUGACUAUAGAUAGUACUGGCGUUGAGAGUUGUAUUCAGACCGCCAUAAAUACUACACGCAAUGGUGGUAAUGUUACAAUCAGUGGACUGAGGGAAAAUGUUGUCUCAUUACCAAUUGUUAGCGCUGGUUUUAGAGAAAUUGAUAUCCGUGGGGUUGCUGUUAAUGCACACUGUUAUCCAAUAGCACGAGCAAUGGUAGCUGCAGGUCAGGUUAACAUAAAGCCUUUGCUUACACACGAAUUUCCCCUGGAGCAAGUGGAUGAUGCGUUUAAAAUGGCAAAUUCAAAAGAAUGCAUGAAAGUGAUGAUCAAAUGUAACGAGAGUUAGGUGCAAUAUAGAAAUUGUGUGACUAAGAAAUAUAUUACCUGGAAUGUAAAUGUUAAUGUAAACUGUAUAAACAAUUGCUUUGUGGUAUUUUUUUUAUAUUUUAUUCAUUAGGUGUAUAUAGUAUAGUUGUUCUGUACUACAUAGCAACAUAUCUAUAUCUUAUUCAAUUUAGCUUAUUCA